AUGAAGUUCGCCAUUGCCACCGCUUUCCUUGCUGCUUGCGCCAGCGCUGUUGAGAUGAAGGCCUGCAGCGGAACAAACAUGGGCGGCUCCUGCACCGCCAAGACUUCCCUGGGCUCUACCUCGGGCAGCUGGAACUCGUACAACUUCCGUGCCUCGACCAACCGCUGUGUUCGCGUUUGCAACGGCUGCAGCAGCCUCGGCUGGCGCUGCCAGACCUACUCUAACAACAACAUCAAGUUCACCAAGUUCAUCAUCUUUGACUGGGCGGGCGGCAAUGGCCCCGACGCCACCACUUGCUGUUAA